UGAGCAGCUAGUACCUAAUAAUGAUACCUAAGCGAUAUACACCAGCCCGUGCUACGUAUUAUCAUCGGAAUCAGAUAAUACUAACGUAUAAAAUUACUAUCAAAACCGUUUACCUGCAUUUUGACGUGUGUGGCAAUCCGAAACGGUGUGUGGAAAAUGAUAUAAAAAUAUAUUUUUUUAAAUAAUUAUAUCAAAAUGUUCGCUUUCAAGUAUAUUACGUGUUUAUACGUUUUCGUUGGCGUAGUGAUUUUUUACGGAAACACGGAGGCAUUAAAAUGCUAUGUGUGUCAUGGUAAUGACUGUGACGAGCCUACAGAAGCACAAAUACAGACAUGCCCAAGUAGGCCACCACCUACGGAUCCCACCCCCCCAACUGAACCCACUGAGCCAACGGAGCCUACUGAACCUACAGACCCAACGGAGCCAACCGAGCCGACCGAGCCGACCGAGCCGACCGAGCCGACCGAGCCGACCGAGCCGACCGAGCCGACCGAGCCGACCGAGCCGACCGAGCCGACCGAGCCGACCGAGCCGACCGAGCCGACCGAGCCGACCGAGCCGACCGAGCCGACCGAGCCGACCGAGCCGACCGAGCCGACCGAGCCGACCGAGCCGACCGAGCCGACCGAGCCGACCGAGCCGACCGAGCCGACCGAGCCGACCGAGCCGACCGAGCCUACAGAGCCUACUGUGCCUACCGAGCCUACGGAGCCGACUGAACCUACGGAGCCGACAGAACCGACCGAGCCGACCGAGCCGACCGAGCCAACCGAGCCGACGGAGCCAACUGAACCUACAGAGCCAACCGAACCUACAGAGCCAACCGAGCCUACAGAGCCAACGGAGCCAACUGAACCUACAGAGCCAACUGAGCCAACGGAGCCAACUGAACCUACAGAGCCAACUGAGCCAACGGAGCCAACUGAACCUACAGAGCCAACAGAGCCAACAGAACCUACAGAGCCAACUGAGCCAACAGAACCUACAGAGCCAACAGAGCCAACUGGUCCAACGGAGCCAACUGAACCUACAGAUCCAACUGAGCCAACGGAGCCAACUGAACCUACAGAGCCAACUGAGCCAACGGAGCCAACCGAGCCUACAGAGCCAACCGAGCCCACCGAGCCAACCGAGCCUACCGAGCCAAUCGAGCCGACGGAGCCAACUGAACCUACAGAGCCAACCGAGCCCACCGAGCCAACCGAGCCUACCGAGCAAACCGAGCCUACAGAGCCUACCGAACCUACGGAGCCUACGGCGCCAACGGAGCCGACUGAACCUACAGAGCCAACCGAGCCAACUGAACCUACAGAGCCAACUGAUCCAACGGAGCCAACUGAACCUACAGAGCCGACUGAGCCGACGGAGCCAACCGAACCUACAGAGCCAACUGAUCCAACGGAGCCAACUGAACCUACAGAGCCAACUGAGCUGACGGAGCCAACCGAGCCUACAGAGCCAACUGAGCCAACCGAGCCAACUGAGUCUACAGAGCCUACCGAGCCUACCGAGCCAACUGAGCCUACCGAGCCUACCGAGCCUACCGAGCCUACCGAGCCUACCGAGCCUACCGACCCUACCGAGCCUACCGAGCCUACCGAGCCUACCGAGCCUACCGAGCCUACCGAGCCUACCGAGCCUACCGAGCCUACCGAGCCUACCGAGCCUACCGAGCCUACCGAGCCUACCGAGCCUACCGAGCCUACCGAGCCUACCGAGCCUACCGAGCCUACCGAGCCUACCGAGCCUACCGAGCCUACCGAGCCUACGGAGCCAAUGGAGCCAACGGUGCCAACGGAGCCAACUGAUCCAACGGAACCAACUGAACCUACAGAGCCAACUGAGUCGACGGAGCCAACUGAACCUACAGAGCCAACGGAUCCAACUGAGCCAACGGAGCCGACUGAACCUACAGAGCCAACGGAGCCAACAGAGCCAACGGAGCCAACUAAGUUAACUGAGCCAACCGAGCCCACAGAGCCAACUGAGCUAACUCAACCUACAGUACCGACCGAGCCAACUGAGCCUACAGAGCCUACGGAGUCAACUGAGCCAACGGAGCCUACGUUGCCUACGGAGCCAACUGAGCCAACGGCGCCUACGGUGCCAAUUCAGCCAUGGAAAGAAUCUAAAAUUAUAAGGAUUAAAAAGAUGGACGAUGUACAUCUUCAAGGUAUGAAUCCUCCUCAGCGAGUUUUCUUGAGGACCCUUAAGCAAUUGAGGGAAAACGACAAUGAAGAUUCUGACGCCCGGUGUAUGGUUACAUCUUACCAAGAAAAUGGUGAGACAGUGGUAAUCCGUGGCUGUGCAUUCGCUUCGGAAGACAUAGAGACGACCUGUCGGAAUGCGGUCGGAGAAAACUUUACUGGUGAAUUAAAUAAUUGCAGAGUGUGUGAUGGCGAACUUUGUAACGCCGCUGUCAAAUCUUCUUUGACAGUUCUAAUACUAAUUCUAGGAAUUAUUAUUAACUUACAGUGAAUUCACGACUGAUUUAUUUAAAGCGUAAAUAUGUCAUGUAACUAUGUGAUAACGUGAUAAACGUGAAGUGAAUACUGAAGGGUUUAUUCCAAAUGAGUGUGGUUUGUUUUUCACUUCAGAAAAUAAAAUGUCGAUGUAAAUAGCAGAGUAGGGAAACCCCAAUACCAGACUUGCACCAAUGUGUUUAUAAUUUAUCUUAAGUGCACUUUUUACUAACACUGUUGGUUCGAUUAUUAUAGACGGCGAUACGGCUCACCACCUAUCACGUUGGUCUAACAGAAAGCUCGGUGAAGUGUGAAGACUUAGUUCAUCUUGAGAUGGAUGUACCUCUGACUAUCCCACUUGUGAUUUAGUCGCUUAUGAUUUAUGCUCGAGUGGGUUACGCCGAGGUCCCCAUUAAUAGUCCCAUAUAUACAUGACGAUACAAAAGGACGAUCCAUCGCAACAAAUUUCUUUAGCAAAUCGUUUUUGAUAUCGUCUUUGAUUAAGUAAACCGUUAACAAUAUGACUCUGCACUUUAUGAUUGCCAUCUGAGGCAAACUUAUACUUAAGGAUCUGUCCACAAGUUCACAUCACGGCGUCGUAACGUGGAAAUUCGACGUUACGUUUUCGAGUCGAUGUGAAGUUCCACGUUACGACGACACUGUGACGACGGGAGAUGAGAAAAGGCCCUAUGUUGUAAUACCAUUCUGUAUAAGAUAGUUGCUUUUGUAAAUAAAAACUUAAUAAAUUCGCCCUAAGAUUACUUAUAAUACAUGAGAAGUAUUUAACAGACAUUUUGUAAAUGUCGAUAGCUGGAAAAGACACUGCAGUAUACAAAGUGAUAAUCUGUGAUCGCUAUGGCGGACAAUGCCUAUGAAACCUAACUCAAUAUAGCAUUGAGACAAUAUUUAAUAUCAUAUGUAACGAGCUCCGUGGUCCAAUGGUUGAGCGUUGGGCUCACGAUCCGGAGGUCCUGGGUUCGAUUCCCAGUAGGGACAUAUCACAAAAAUUACUUUGUGUUCCCUAGUUUGGUUAAAACAUUACAAGCUGAUCACCUGAUUGUCCGAAAGUAAGAUGAUCCAUGCUUCGGAAGGCACGUUAAGUCAUUUGUCCCGGUUACUACUUACUGAUGUAAGUAAGUAGUCGUUAGUAAUAGUGAUGUAAGUAAGAGCCAUGUCAGGGGCCUUUGGCGGCUCAAUAGUAACCCCAGGGUUGAUGAUGAUGGUACUCCACCUACUUCAAGAUCAUAUAUGAUGUAUUUUUUAAUAUUUUUAAAAAAUGUAUGAGAUUUCUCAUGAAUUUAUUUACUUUUAUAACCAACCGCAUGAUGACGUGUACAGCUUGUCGAUGUUGGAAAGGACACGAUUGUUUGCCUUUUUAGAAAUGCUAAGGAUAGGUAAUAAAGAAUUCUUUGUAAGUAUUUUUCAUGGACACAUCAAAAAAGAAUCAGUGUAAAUAAUUACUUAUAUUUAAUAUUCACACAUAAUUUGAAUCAUUAUUACCAUAACAGCAUUUAAUUUAUGAUUGUCAUUAUAAUUUUAAGAAAUAAUUUAAAUAUU